GCAACAGCAGCAACAGCAACAGCCUUUCUACGGCUUCGACAAGGAGACCGGCACGCCCACCACGACCUCACCGAUGCAGCAACAGAAGAACCCACAGGAGCAACAGACUCAGCAACCCCAGCAGCCGACUACACCCCAACCGAACCAAGCAAUGCCUGCGAAUCACCAGAGCCCGUCGGCUCAGCAACCCGACGGCAGCGCCCUGUCAAGGUUGCAAUCCCACCAGUCCCACCAAAGCGAGAUGGCAAAGCAUGGGGCUCUCGAAGAUGGACAGAUGAAGCGUAACUCGGGCGUUUUCUCUAGUAUACGAAACCGGUUUGGGGGAGGCCACGCGGAGGAAUCCCGUAGUACCGACAGCGGCCCCAAACCCCAGGGUGUCAAUGGCGACGCCGCCUCAGUGGCCAGCAUCAUUUUGCACCCCCCGGCAGGAAGCCGACUGGUUUCUUUCACGUGGGCUCCCACACAACGCCUGUCCAGCCAGGUACGAAUCUCCCGCCUGGCAUGUCAAGGACCACCGCACCCACCAACACCCCGGGCCACAAGUAUGCGGGGAGCAUUGGUGGUCCCCCGAAGAAGCGUUUUCUCCGCUCUGAAGGAUGUGUUCCGGUCGUCACCUCGCGACGCUUCGAAAAAUCCGGGCUCUUCGUUCACGGUCAGGAUGCCCGCACAGAACUCACCUCAGCCGACGGCUCAGACGCCACCGCCUCAAGGCCAGUACCAGGGCAUGUCCCAGAGUCAACCUCAGAGCCACUUCCAGGGUCAACUCCAGGCACCACCUCAGGCACAAACCCAAGGACAACCGCAAGGACAAGCUCAGGGACUGCGCCAGGGACAGGCUCAAGUGCAACCCCAGGGACACCCUCAGGGGCAACCCCAGGGUCAACCCCAGGCACAACCCCAGGAACAACCCCAAGAGCAGCCUCAAGAGCAGCCUCAGGGACAACCUCAGGGACAAACACAGGGACAGCCACAGGUUUUGUCUCAAGGUCAACUGCGGACCAGUCCUAGUUCACAGGUUGGCCCCACAAAUGCUCAGCCAACUGCCCCAAGUCUUCAGUCAGAUUCAAGCAAAACUUCGCCGGUCCCUGCUACUCAGCCAGGGUCGGUAAAUGGGCAAGUUACACCUGGGCAAGAGCGCUUCCCUCCUACUGCUGGCCUUAGGCAACCUGGAUAUGGGCCCCCACAGAUGCAACCCCCGCAAGGGCCGAUCCCCAACCGGAACCAACAAGAGAGGAAACCUAGUACGGGCAUCUUUGGGUUUUUGAGGGGACGUUCAGACUCGAAACCACAGGAGCCAACGCAACAAGGCCAUCCGCCCGGCCAGGGACAGCCCUUUCCUCCGGGACAGGGUCAGUUUCAGGGGCAGCAAUAUGGCAUGCGGGUGCCCAUAGGCCCCGACGGACGCCCGGCCACCGGGGCCGGCCAACAAUUCCACCCCGGGCAGUUCCCGCCUCAAUCGCAGUUUAUGCAGGCUGGGCCCCCCGGCACUGCCGGCUCUUUCCAGUCACAAGGUCCCCCGGGGUCCCAGCGGACGAUGGCGAUGCCACAACAAUUUGGGGCUCCCCAGGGCCAGCAAUCCGGUGCGCCAGGCGCCGGCCAAAGGCCCCCCAUGAUGACACAGCCAAGACCGAACCAGCAACAAGGCGCUUUCGCCACGGCUCAGCAAGAACGGGCCAACCAAGUCGAGCCGACGCCUGCCACGUCUAUCCUCGAGUCGCCAGUCUCCCAGCAUUCCCAGCCAGCAUCUCAAUUUGUCAUUGAGCAAUCCCGGUUCCAGACCGAGUCCCCAGGUAGCAUGAGACAGAUGUUUGCCGCGCCCCAGACCAGUGGGAACCAGCCAUCGUACCAUGUCCCUGGCGCCCAAAGCGCCGCUACUGCUCAGAAGGAGGAGCCCGUUGGCGCUAGACCGUUCCAGCCGCCGUCCAGCCCCAACGCUGCUCAGUCGGCAGCGCCAAGUGCUGGGCCUGGAGAGGAGAAUGAUACGCAGAGGCCUGUGUCCCCCUCAUCGCAAGCUCCCGUCUCGGGUAUCCCGGGCGAGGAGAUGGAGCGCACGGCACCGAGGCAGCCGCCUCCGGUCGGCCAGCAGUCACCCUCAGCAACGUCACCAGGGCAGGAGGCUCCCCCGUCAUCUCACGCCCCAGGUUCGAUAUCCGGAGAAUCAGCACAAGGCGCCAGCCCCACACAGCAACCCCCUACGCAGCAGCUCGGAGGGCAGGUGCCUUCCGGUGCUCCUGGUCCGGGGUAUCCGACGGGCCAAGCGCAAUGGAUGGCAUCUCAACCCGGCGGUGUGCCCGCUCAGUUUCGCCAGCAGUUCGGCCCUGGCAGUGCCCGGCCGAACGGCGUCCCGAUCAAUGCCCAACCGCAGAAAGAGAAAGAGAAAGAGCAGAGCACAUUCUCCAAGUUGUUGUUUGGCGGCAAAUCGUCCGCUCCGGCAGCAACUAGGCCGAAGCCCGAAAAAGAAAAGAGCUCCAAGCCGUCGCUCAUGAACACGUUCAAGCGCGGAUACAGACAGCCCAAUACUCAACCAACAGCGCAAGUGAACGCUGGCCGGCCGGGUCCGGGCCAACCUCCUGGAGGAAUGCAGCCGUUUCCCGCAAGGACCCAAAACAUGCCUCAGCAACCGCAGCCGCAGCCGCAACCGCAACUGCAGCAAGGGGCAGGGUUGCGUCCCGGUAUGCCCGCGCAGGCGCCAAACCCUCAGCAGAGCGGUCCUCUUGGCCCCCAAAGCUCUCUACAGGUUCAGCCACAGCUCAGGCCCGGUGUUCCUGCCAGCCAACAAGCGCUGCCCCCGCAAAUGGCGCCUCACCAAGCGCUCCCAAUCCCGGCUGGGUACGGGUACGUCCACGGCGAAGGACGGGUGGCGCCAGCGCCGGCACAUAUUUAUGUUGGGCCUGGACUCCCGCCUGGACAAGGUCCUCAUCCUGGCUUUGCUCAGCGACAAUGGGUCCAGCCCGGUGGCGCGCCUACCCAAGCCGCGCCCGCGGGUGGUUCUCCUCAGACGGCCCCGCAGCAAGCGAAUGGAAUCCAAGCGUCUUCGGCGUCGCUAGCAACUUCAUCUCCCCACUCCCAGACUCCCACGCCAACUCAGACACAGGACCGAACCCCUCCCGGUCCGGCUCCCACCACGCAAGAGCCCGCCGGGGACGCUACCCGCGAGCAACCGGCUGAUCGGGAGAUCCCCCCUCCGACACAAGUUCAGGUGAUCCAGCAACCUCGAGACGCUCCUGCUCCAACGGACACUCGGGCACCUGAAAACCUGUCCGAGUCACCAAUUCCGACUCCCGUCCCGCAGGGCCCCGAAACAAGUGUCUCGCCUCCUGAGGAGCAGCCGCAGCCUCGCCCUGCGCCAGUCCGUACGCAGACUAAAGAUAGCAUCUCGCCGCCACCCCAACUUCAGUUUGCCGCGCCCUCGCAAUCCCGCGGCCCGAUGAAUCUACCCGUUGCCCAAGGAGCGAUGCAUUCGAGAAAUCGGCCGGGGCGCGUCCAAUCCCCGAGCCCAGACACAGUUCCGAGCCCUGCAAGCACCAGCCUUGCUCCCCGUUCGGCAAACACGUCGCCAACGCAACCGAACUCUGACGCUGGUCGGGACCUAAGGACCGUCAGCCCCGAGCCAUCGGCUCAGGGAUCUUCUUCGCCGGUAAACCAGUUGACGACCCCAACCCAGCGUUCACAGUUCCCUGCCGGGCAGCAGGAGCCGCCACAGUCACCGCCGCCGCAGUCACCUCUGCCACAACGACCCCUACCACAGCAGCAGCAGCAGCAGCCGCGCAACGAUGCACCUAGCAACACCAUCGUCAUCACAGCUCCGGUCGAACCGAAAUCGGCCGGCCUCUCCCGCGAAGUCGCCCGACCACCCAACAGCCUCCCCCUGUCGGCAUCCGACACCCCGUCACCCCCACCUCCCACAAUCACCUUCGACGCGGCCCCCGAUAAUGAUGAUGACGACCUAGACGACUUCGAUGACUCGGAUAUGGAAUCUCCCAUUAUUGCUGACGCCCCGAACACAAGCCCCACCGCGACCGCUGCAGCUGCUGCAGCGGCCCAGAACGGCGGAGCCGCGGCCAAGGACAACGCCGAGGAGCAGCGCGAGAUCCCCGUCUUCUCGGAAGGGGAGACCGAUCCCAAUGCCAGGAAUGGCAACGAGACCGAGGAGUGGAAUCCGUACGGUGAGGGAUUUGAGGGAUGGGAUGACUGAGUCGACGUCUUUUCUACCUCUCUCUGACCGGGGGGGAUAACGAUCUGGGUCACUCCCUCUGUCCCUUUGGGUUGAGAAAGUGGAGUUACCCGUUUGGGUUUCUUGGAUUCCGUUUUGUUCCGGUUUAUCCUUCUCGCACAUAUUUUGUGUUCGUUUAUUUCCUAAAUACCUAUUCUCUCGCGCGACCGACUUCUCUUUUUUGUAAGAUUUUGACCACC